CCAGAGGGGCAGAUUUGACUCAUUCUGUUCACAGAAGUAUAUCUGUUGGGCCACCGUUAACAUUUGGCAAUAGAAAAUAAGAUAUUAGCGUUCCAGCAAUGCCGCACAAAAAGAGAAGCCAUGCCCAUGGCCAUCAUAAAAAGUCACAGGAGCAGAGAACAGCCUCUAGUACCACACUUGGAGAGCAGCAGGUGGAUGACAGGCCCUAUAAUACUCAAGCUGCUGCAGCCUCUAAAGCUCAGCCUGCUUUUGACUGCUGUCAAUGCUUUAAGAAAGCGCCCAAAGGUUACCAAGAGUUACCGAGUGAGUCGUUCCCACCCGAGUUGUUCCAUCCCAGUUCGCAGCCUAGACAGUAUUCACCCACUUCAGUGGCACAGGUGGCUGUGAAUCCAGCACAAUUUGAGAGUGCAUCUGCCGCCUCCACCAUGGCUACAAAGCCAGGGGCGGUGUCCGUGACAAUGGGUGGUGCCACAGCAAGUGAUGCCACAGCGGGAGGAAGUCCUACUACAGCAGGGACAACACAAAGAGGAACGGCCAAAGUGGCGAUGCCAGAGACGGCAUUCGUCUCUCCAGCAGGUGCUACUAUUAUUGACAUACCAACACCUGGGACCAAAGGCAGCCCUAAAGACACCCCAAAGCCGGCACCCAUGCACCCGGCCAAAGCUACACCUCUUACCACGGGAGGUGGCAAUAUUGUAGGGGAGGCAGCAACUCCAUGGAAAGCUGAAGUACCAAAGCUGCAAGAGUCUCCGAAACAGACAGCCAAGAGUGUGCCCACCACAUCAAGCAAAGUUGACAUGGCUAAAAAGGAUCCUGCUAAGUUGGUUACGGCUGUUGCUGCACAAGCUGCAGCGGCUGGAGAUGCCUCUAUGAAGGGGCCACAGACUAAGGUACAGGUGGAAGUAGUUCCCCCAGGAGCUAAGGCAGCCAAAGAGCCGGCACCCAUGCACCCAGCCAAAGCUACACCUCUUACCACGGGAGGAGGCAAUAUUGUAGGGGAGGUUACAACGCCAUGGAAAGCUGAAGUACCAAAGCUGCAAGAGUCUCCGGAACAGACAGCCAAGAGUGUGCCCACCACAUCAAGCAAAGUUGACAUGGCUAAAAAGGAUCCUGCUAAGUUGGUUACGGCUGUUGCUGCACAAGCUGCAGCGGCUGGAGAUGCCUCUAUGAAGGGGCCACAGACUAAGGUACAGGUGGAAGUAGUUCCCCCAGGAGCUAAGGCAGCCAAAGAGCCGGCACCCAUGCACCCAGCCAAAGCUACACCUCUUACCACGGGAGGAGGCAAUAUUGUAGGGGAGGUUACAACGCCAUGGAAAGCUGAAGUACCAAAGCUGCAAGAGUCUCCGGAACAGACAGCCAAGAGUGUGCCCACCACAUCAAGCAAAGUUGACAUGGCUAAAAAGGAUCCUGCUAAGUUGGUUACGGCUGUUGCUGCACCAGCUGCUGCGGCUGGAGAUGCCUCUCUGAAGGGGCCACAGACUAAGGUACAGGUGGAAGUAGUUCCCCCAGGAGCUAAGGCAGCCAAAGAGGAGCUUGCUGUGGACCCGUUUGAUGCCCUGGCUGAUUCCUUACCCUCAUCAGAGUCUUUCGCCCCUGCAGCCCAUGUAUACACCGGGCCAGAGGUGAUAGAGCAUGGAUUAUCCUCAAAGAAGGGAGUGAUCUGUGGGGGGAACGACUGCCCACUGCCCCCAGGAUACCGAUUUGAAGACAUGGCCCCAGUUGCAGAUGUCAAGCCAAAAGAUGUCCCGAAACCUAUGAGCACCGAUGAGGCUCUGGACUCCCUGUCCUUUGGGUUCACAACCUCUAUGCCUCCCAUCCCUCAGAAACAGGAGAAGAAAGUGGAAGACUUGGCUGCCAUUGAUGCCUUGUCUGCUGGCUUCUCAAACUUUGCUCCACUUCCACCCGCUCCCAUCAAGAAAGCUGAAGAGUUUAAGUCUGCACCUGUGACCAAGUCUCCUGCUCCCCCCGUUGACAAGAAAGCUAAUGUGGAAAAGUUUGCUGAUGACUUCUCUCUGAUGUCAGGAUUGGACUCCCCACUGGCCACCAAGCCCAAGACAGAUGAGAGUGUGGCCACCACAUCAAGCAAAGUUGACAUGGCUAAAAAGGAUCCUGCUAAGUUGGUUACGGCUGUUGCUGCACCAGCUGCCGCGGCUGGAGAUGCCUCUCUGAAGGGGCCACAGACUAAGAAAGUUGAGGAUUUGGCUGCCGUUGAUGCCUUGUCUGCUGGCUUUUCAAACUUUGCUCCACCUCCACCCGCUCCCAUCAAGAAAGCUGAAGAGUUUAAGUCUGCACCUGUGACCAAGUGUCCUGCUCCCCCUGUUGACAAGAAAGCUAAUGUGGAAAAGAAACCUAUGAGCACCGAUGAGGCUCUGGACUCCCUGUCCUUUGGGUUCACAACCUCUAUGCCUCCCAUCCCUCAGAAACAGGAGAAGAAAGUGGAAGACUUGGCUGCCAUUGAUGCCAUAUCUGCUGGCUUCUCAAACUUUUCUCCACCUCCACCCGCUCCCAUCAAGGUACAGGUGGAAGUAGUUCCCCCAGGAGCUAAGGCAGCCAAAGAGCCAGCACCCAUGCACCCAGCCAAAGCCACACCUCUUACCACGGGAGGAGGCAAUAUUGUAGUGGAGGCAGCAACUCCAUGGAAAGCUGAAGUACCAAAGCUGCAGGAGUCUCCGGAACAGACAGCCAAGAGUGUGCCCACCACAUCAAGCAAAGUUGACAUGGCUAAAAAGGAUCCUGCUAAGUUGGUUACGGCUGUUGCUGCACCAGCUGCUGCGGCUGGAGAUGCCUCUCUGAAGGGGCCACAGACUAAGGUACAGGUGGAAGUAGUUCCCCCAGGAGCUAAGGCAGCCAAAGAGCCAGCACCCAUGCACCCAGCCAAAGCUACACCUCUUACCACGGGAGGAGGCAAUAUUGUAGUGGAGGCAGCAACUCCAUGGAAAGCUGAAGUACCAAAGCUGCAAGAGUCUCCGAAACAGACAGCCAUGAGUGUGCCCACCACAUCAAGCAAAGUUGACAUGGCUAAAAAGGAUCCUGCUAAGUUGGUUACGGCUGUUGCUGCACCAGCUGCUGCGGCUGGAGAUGCCUCUCUGAAGGGGCCACAGACUAAGGUACAGGUGGAAGUAGUUCCCCCAGGAGCUAAGGCAGCCAAAGAGGAGCUUGCUGUGGACCCGUUUGAUGCCCUGGCUGAUUCCUUACCCUCAUCAGAGUCUUUCGCCCCUGCAGCCCAUGUAUACACCGGGCCAGAGGUGAUAGAGCAUGGAUUAUCCUCAAAGAAGGGAGUGAUCUGUGGGGGGAACGACUGCCCACUGCCCCCAGGAUACCGAUUUGAAGACAUGUCCCCAGUUGCAGAUGUCAAGCCAAAAGAUGUCCCGAAACCUAUGAGCACCGAUGAGGCUCUGGACUCCCUGUCCUUUGGGUUCACAACCUCUAUGCCUCCCAUCCCUCAGAAACAGGAGAAGAGUGUGCCCACCACAUCAAGCAAAGUUGACAUGGCUAAAAAGGAUCCUGCUAAGUUGGUUAUGGCUGUUGCUGCACCAGCUGCUGCGGCUGGAGAUGCCUCUCUGAAGGGGCCACAGACUAAGUUGGUUACGGCUGUUGCUGCGCCAGCUGCCGCCGCUGGAGAUGCCUCUCUGAAGGGGCCACAGACUAAGGUACAGGUGGAAGUAGUUCCCCCAGGAGCUAAGGCAGCCAAAGAGCCAGCACCCAUGCACCCAGCCAAAGCUACACCUCUUACCACGGGAGGAGGCAAUAUUGUAGUGGAGGCAGCAACUCCAUGGAAAGCUGAAGUACCAAAGCUUCAAGAGUCUCCGGAACAGACAGCCAAGAGUGUGCCCACCACAUCAAGCAAAGUUGACAUGGCUAAAAAGGAUCCUGCUAAGUUGGUUACGGCUGUUGCUGCACCAGCUGCUGCGGCUGGAGAUGCCUCUCUGAAGGGGCCACAGACUAAGAAAGUUGAGGAUUUGGCUGCCGUUGAUGCCUUGUCUGCUGGCUUUUCAAACUUUGCUCCACCUCCACCCGCUCCCAUCAAGAAAGCUGAAGAGUUUAAGUCUGCACCUGUGACCAAGUGUCCUGCUCCCCCUGUUGACAAGAAAGCUAAUGUGGAAAAGUUUGCUGUGUUCUCUCUGAUGUCAGGAUUGGACUCCCCACUGGCCACCAAGCCCAAGACAGAUGGGGGUGGCUCCAUGUCCCUGGAUGCUCUCAGUGCUCUGAGAGACUCUCUGCCUGCUCCAGAACCAGCACCUGAACCUCCCAAGAUCAGACAUGAGGACAUAGUCACGGAGGGCAAACUCACAUCGAAGAAGGGAGUUUUUGUGGGUGAGCGAGAUGACACACUCCCACCAAAGUACAGGUUCACAGAAAACAAAGUCAAAGACCUGCCUCCUCUGAAGCCAGAGCCCUCCAUGGACUCUGGUGAGGCUCUGGAGAUCUUGUCAGGUGACUUCAUGUCUUCCUGUGUGGCUCCAGCUGUCCAUGCUCCUGUCCUCUGCCCCCCAGCUCCUCCCACACAGGCCUCAGAUGACUUUGCCUUGGAUGCCCUGGCAGGGGACUUUGUAGCCCCAGCUGUUGCUCCUGCAGUCAAAUCUGCUGUUGACCGCCAGCUAUCUAGAGGGACAGUAGAUGCUCUGGAUACCUUGUCAGACUCCCUGAUGGACAAGGCUCCUAUCCCAGAGCCUGCUCCUGUCUCAGUCAGAGACAUCGUCAAGGAGAAAAAGGUUAUAGAGGAGAAGCUUACCAAAGUGGGGGAGAGGGAUGACAGCCUUCCAGCUGAGUACCGGCCCACAGAGAAAGACCGAAAGGCAAUGGCAGAGGCCAAAGUCCAGGCUGAUGUUAGACCCAAGCAGCCGUCAAUGGAUGACAGCGAGGCCCUUGACCUCUUGUCUAGAGACUUGUCUUCCUCAACUGGUCCAGCUGCAGCCUCAGUAGUCGUGACAACAGAGCAGAGACAGCCCCGACUGGAGCCCAUGUCUGCCCCUGUCCUGGAUGACCUGGCAGGCACCCUGCUCCCAGACACCCCCGAGUUCAAAUCCAAGGGAGACAAGCCAAAGAGCAAGUCAAGGUCAAAGUCAAAGAAACAAAGGAAGGAGGAUCCGUCAUCCAUAGACCAUCUGUCUGGACAGCUGAGUUCAGAUGUAGUGUCAGCAUCCACAAAUAAGGAUGGCAAGAGCUAGACAUCUAUGUUUCUAGCGCACUACAUGUCCCCUGCCACACGGUGGCGCCACUCGAGGGAGCUGCUGUGAAUGAUUCUAUUUUUCUAAAUGGUGGAGAACAUAUACUGGAUUAUAAAAACAAACAUGACCACACACUUACACACAUGCGCAUGUACACACACACACGCACCACAGUGUGCAACGUCUUUCCUGCUUGGUUUCGCACAUGACAGAAGAUUGUACUAGUUUUGGUUUCUUUCAUUUGAGACGAGGAGAGCAAAAUAAAGAGAGGGAACGAGAGCGAGCGAGGGAGGGAGUUUGUCCUGACUUAUUUCCCAGGAUUGAACAGAGAAUCUGUCCAAUCCUGUAAGGAAAAUUAAAUCUAGGCUUUGCCUUUCAAGUGGUCUGACUGACUGUCCAUCCUAGCUAACUGUCUGCAUUGCCCCAACGUUGCAGUGAUGUUGCUGCAACAUUGCUACAGCGUUGGGGGUAAUAGUGAGUGUUAUGUGUUUAGGAACAGUAUAUAGGGGUUAUGUAGGAUUGGGAUGUCUGUCCAAUAUUGAUGUACACAGAAGAGUGAGUUUUCUCUUAAGUGGACACCCACCAUAAUACACUAGUGUACAGCACAGUCUGCUCAAUAUUGAAACAUAUAAAAGGAUUUACAGGAAAUUAUCUGCUUGAUAUGGAUGCAUCUGUGAGCAAUUCUAUACAUUUACUUUCUGUAAAGCAAUAUCUAUUAAGAAGGGUUUAUAUAUGUGUGAACUUUACCUUAUAAAAGCAUUUAUUGGUUUCAGAAAGUGGACACAGAAGUUAAUUUAGGCAGUCACUAUGUCUGUAAACUGUCUUUGUUUGUAUACUGUAAAGACUUGCUCUAGAUAUGAGGACACUGUCAUUUACACAGUCUAAAGGGCUAUCACUUCUAGUCAAAAAGUCCAACGCUUUGUGGAUUAUUUCCCCAACAUGGUAUCACAGAAUUAUACAUAUUUAGGUGCAGGUCUCAAACUUAAAACUUGAGAGAUAUUUUGGAAAUGGGAAUUCUAAUUAAAUAAAUACAAAUAAUAAUUGUAUUGUAUGUAUUCAGCAUUCAUGUGUCUGGAGUAACUCCUUGUGCCACCCUCAACAAUCGAAAACAGAAAAAUACUUUUUGUAGCUAACGUGGGGUAACCUAAAAUGUACAUUGCCAAUAAAUAAAUGAAUGCCUAUAACAAGACAUGACAGUAUUAUAAUACAUUUGUGUAAGAGGGUCUUUCGGUAUAGGGAACUUACUGUAUAUCUGUGUUGCAGUUAAAGGGAAGAAAGUUAUACUAUUUUAGAAAUAUUUUCACAUGUAAUAUUAGGACCAUCUUUCGCUUGUACAAAGCAGCGCAGGUGUUUUUAAUUUGAUUUUACAAAGCUCCUUCAACCUUGAGUUUUGGAAUGUGUGUUCAACCUCGACUCAAGUCUUCUUUUUGUGUCUUUUGUUUGUGCCUGAGGAGUAGAAUUUGAGUGUCGUAAAUAAAACAUAAUAAAAAUCGAUGUGGUUUCACCA